AAUAUCAAAUACCAACAGUCAUUUAAUUUCCAUCGUAACAGACAAGCUUGCAGACGAAUAACGUAUUUGAUGAUUAUACCCGUUUAUUUAUUUAUCAUCCACUCAUUGAAAUAAUAACUGAUGUUAAAUCGACACACUAAUUAUAAGAUGUCGUCUGCAUUCAGCUAACAGAUGUGAAUGAGAUAUAUUAAUUAUUGACGAACUAUGAAUAGCACGCAACGUUUCCUUUAUACACAAGCAACUCGCCCGCUAAUUUCAGGCCCUGUAGAAAAUUCUAAGAAACGCUCUAGUAUAAUCGACUACAAAAAUGUUUUCCUACGUCCAACAUUCAAGGAAAGUAUUGUGUGUGAAGCAUAUGACAUGAAAAUUCCAGCUUAUAGUGUAGAGGUUGAUUCAGAUAGUUUCUGGAAAUUCUUGUAUUCUAACAAAUGGAAAGAUUGCUGUAUGAUACGUGUAAAACCUGGAUUUCUGAAUACCGAUUUGACCAUGACAUUAGCAACUUUAUUGGAGAAUAAACAAAUAUCAAGUCAUAAAACUGUUGGCUUUAUUAAAUUUAGAUCAAGCAAUAUUAAUGAAGUGAAACCACAGAAAUAUGGAACAAUACGUUUAGAAUUUACAUAUUUUGGCAGAAAUACUGAAUACAUUGGAAGGAGUAAAUCGGAAGUAUUUAGAAAAGAACGCAAAGUGAACAAAACCACAAGUUUAAAAUCUAGGCUGGAAAGUAAUAUCAUACACCUGGAAAGGCUACAAGAAACUAUACAGAAAAGAAUAAAAAUAUCUCAGCUUACGGAAUAUGAUAAAAUUAAAUCAAUCAGAUUAAUUAAUGCUAAUCUCACACAUUUUCAUUGUUCAGAGCCAAUUAACCUUCGAGAUGUUUUAGACACUGGUGAUUCACCAGAGGAAAGAUUGGCAUCAAUUUUCAAACCACCUACUGUCCAGAGGACCAUCAAAAGUCAGCCGAUUCUUCAGCGUCCAAAGCAUACCCGUGAAACAAAGUGCAAGACCAAAGACCCACAACCUUAUGAAGACCCAUUUAAUCAAACGUAUUUACAACCAAUAAACACCGACAACAUGUCUUUUCAAAUUCUAGGAAGCAUUCUUCGACAUGAGGAUAAACAAAAGACUCUUGGCUAUAAAGUGCGAGUGUCUAAACUGUUUCUUAGUGAUAAACUUCUUACUAAAACCCGUAACAUGUUAGAAAAGACUGUCUUAGAUGCUGAGUUGGGACAAAUAAAAAAAUCUGCUGAACCUCCAACGGAAACUAAGAAUGCUGAAACUGAGGGCUCCACCAUCAGCUACAGCAAGUGGAAAAAAUUUUCUGAAAAGGCUUUUGGCAUCAUAGGCAGUCAAGAAAUAUUUCGUGCUUUACUAAACAGUCAUCCAGAUUGUCCAAAAAUGAUAUUCAAAAGAUCGCUUGCUAGACUCAAAGGAUAUGGAAGAUUAGACAGAAUAUUUAAGAAAAAAUCACAUUUAAUUACAUCUCAUUAUAGUCUGAGUCCAAAUUCUUAUUACCGUAGCCUCUCAUCCAUCGGAGUUGACAUAAUAAUGUACCAAGUGACGCCAUAUUACAUUCCCUAA